AUGUAUUUUACCAGCGGACUGCUACGUUCUCUCACUGGCGCAGCGGCUAGUAUCGCGCGUAACCUGGACUAUCUAUCCUUGGAUGCUCAACACCGGGAGCGACAAGAAUACGCACGCCGUAAACAAUUACCCCGCGGUUUCACUGAGGGUGUUCAGCAGGGACUCAGUGGCCUUGGUUUGUGUUUGUUGAGCGCCGUUGCCGGAGUUGCGGACCACCCACUGCAGGUCUUUUUUCAAGCACUGGAUGGCCCGGAGCAAGGAAACAAGUCAAUCAACGAAUGUUCUAAUAUUUUGCAGCCCGGAAUCGUUUGGACCGCUUUAGGUGGACUGGGACGCGGUCUGAUUGGGGCCGUGGUCAAACCUGUCGCCGGGAUGGCAGAGUUCAUCGCUCGAACUGGCACUGGGUUGUUACGCAGCGGUGAUUUUGCAUACACCGCUGUAGCAUUGGAACGGCUUAACGAACCCUAUUCCUAUAUCUUCGCCGAACGUGCAUCUCGCCACUUCGCUACGGACACGAUGGUUUUGCGUGCAUGGGCUUUUCAUGUGAUCCAAGAGUCGCUUUUCCAGGCCGGUGCCGUGAAGGACGAGCUUCAUCAUAACCUUACACCACUACAACCCUUGCGAUGCUUCCCUGAUCAUUCGGUCGUGUGGAUGUCAACUGCCGUAUCAAAAAGGGCUGGUGUCAGUGAAACCGAAGCUCCCAGUUUUGACGUUCUUUGGUUGGUUUGUGAAGACACAUCGGUACGUUUUUUUAUCGAUUUAUGUGUCAUCCACUGUACAAUUGUCUGAUAACGACCGUAUUUCCUCCCAUCUAUUUCGAAAUGCGCUCAGCACUUACGAUGACAACCAAGACUUAUGUAUUCCGUAUAUAUCAUAAGGCACUCGCAGUUUGGUUAGUUGCUCAUUUUUUAUAUUCAGUACUACAGUGAUCAGCAGCUGUAGUAUAU